GCGCUGCUGGCGCCGAGGGCCGCGCGUCCCUGGUGCGCUCUGCGCCUCUCCAGCGUGGCCAGGGGUGACCCUCGCCUCUCCGCCGCCGUCUUCUUCCUCCUACGUUCCUUCUCCCGCCGGGGGUCUUGCGAGGCGUCCUUCUCUCGCCUCCCCCCCCCACCCCCCGCCCAGCCUCGGAAGGGCUGGAGAAGCGAGCCUCGUUUAGACUCCAGGCAUGUAGGGGAGAGCUGUGAGAUCACCCGGGUUAUAAAUAUCUCCGUGCCAGCAGCUCCGCGCUCUCGGAUCGCGCUCUCCCUCCAGUGGGCCGACGAUGCCUUCCCUGCGCGCCGGAGCGCACGCCCGUUUGCCCCAGAGGUGCCGCGGCAUUCGCAGCCGCCUCCGCAAAAUGCCCUGCGCGUCCCUCCCGCUGGAAGAAUGAGCUUGUCUUUCUUCCUCUGCCUUCUCUUUCUCAGCCACCUGAUCCUCCUCGCUUUGGCACAGAAGGAGACGCUGCCCCCCAGAGCGCAACUUGGAGACGCGGCUUUGCGUGCCAAAAACAGCAGCAGAAGCAGGCUUGGAAGUAGGAAUACCACUUCUUCUUCUUCCUCCUCCUCCUCCUUUUCAGCCCCUUCCCCUUAUUUCGCCCCCUCUUCGGGAGUUCAAGGCAGCGGUUCCGAAAGGAGCAGUUUCCAGUGGAGCCCAUCCGGGCGCAGAACCGGCAGCCUCUAUUGCAGAGUGGGCAUCGGUUUCCAUCUCCAAAUUCACCCCGAUGGGCAUGUCAACGGCUCCCACCAAGGCAGUAUCUUAAGUAUUUUGGAAAUAUUUGCUGUGUCUCAGGGGAUUGUAGGAAUACGAGGAGUUUUCAGCAACAAAUUUUUAGCGAUGUCAAAAAAAGGAAAACUCCACGCAAGUGCCAAAUUCACAGACGACUGCAAGUUCAGGGAGCGGUUUCAAGAAAACAGCUACAACACGUACGCCUCAGCAGUUUACAGGACUGAGAAGACGGGCAGAGAAUGGUACGUGGCCUUGAACAAACGGGGCAAGGCAAAACGAGGGUGCAGCCCCCGGGUGAAACCCCAGCACAUCUCGACGCAUUUCCUCCCGAGGUUCAGGCAAGCAGAACAGCCGGAACUGGCUUUCACUGUCGCUGUUCCUGAGAAGAAGAAACCACCUGUCACCAUCCCAGCAAAGCCAAAGGUCCCGUUGCCGGUGCCUCGGAAGAACUCGCCUCCGGUCAAAUAUAGACUCAAGUUUCGCUUUGGAUAGUAAUGGCCCAACUCUCUUCCACUGAGGAAUGUUGUUUUCUUUCUUUCUCAGGAGCGGUUGCUGCUUGUAUGCGACACCACAGGGCAGAAUAGCGGAUGGGAUUCUGCUCUGCAUUUCACUGCGCCGGGAGGUCCUUCUGGAAAGAGUCGUGUUCGUUUGGGUCCCUAGCGCCCGAGUUUAAUUCACUUUUUUUCCAGUAGCUACAAAUGAAGUGGAAUUCUCCAAGUGCUCAAAGGCGUAGGGCGCCAAAGAUGAGCGGAAAGGUUGUUUGGGCACGGGUGGGGUGGGGACGCCUUAAUUUUCAGUCUCAUCUCUCUGCUUUCCAACUGCUGAGCAUGGAUUGUGCUUAAAACGGCUGUUCAAAACUGGCAGGCACUAUUGCUGCAGAAAUGUGUUUUCCUGCCUCGGCAGGGAUUGGACUAUAUGGCCUUCAAGGUCCUUCCCAAAUCUAUGGUUCUGUGACUGCUGCAAGAUGUGAAAGAUUACCUCAUAUGUUGAGUCUAUUUUUUUCUUCAAAUUCCUGAUAAUUGUUUUCUUACUGUGAUCUUUUCCUGUGAGAAGGGGGAGGAAAUUGCUCGUGUCCUUUCCAUGCCCCCCCAAUCACUUUUUUCUGCACUUUUAAGAUUUCCCCAUCCCCGACAUACCUCAGACAAACAGAAGGUGGAGUCACCCAACUGGUUUAUCUCAUGAUUUUGAUUUUAAAGACGCCAUUAACUUUGGAACCCAGCAGGGGGGAAAUAGUGGCACAGCAAAUUUGAAAUAGUGAUGCAAUAAAACAAAAAAAUGAAAAGGUUCUAUAUGAACCCACAAGGCCAAAGCAUGUGGUUUUAACAUUUGCACGGUGUUUUGUAUACACCUGUUCUCUCCUGGAAGUCCUCUGUAGCGGAGUAACCAUGAAUUUUUUUAGAUGAAAGCAAAAUUUAAAACCAAAUUGGAGUGUUCCUCUUCAGUCAGAACAGCCAAUGAAUUUCAAGGGAAGCCAAGACAGUUGGCUAGCAACAUUUCAUGAAUGGGGUGAGAUUGUUCAUUACUACUUCAUAUGCACCAUGGGCUCCUGCUCUUCCAGAUUACCAUUUUGUUAUUAAGCAUUCAUCCUGAUUUGCUCAGCCAGUGGACAUAGGUCUUCCUGUUAGUCAUUCAUUCAUCCCAAACCUUUCAGUGUUCCCCCCCCAUCACUUUCCUAACAGCAAAAAGUCAUUUUGCAAAAAAGUGGGUAUCUUGUGCCAGGAUAACAGAGGGUCCGGCCCGGCCCACUGAUGAGGCAGGGUGAGGCAUUUGCCUCAGGCAGCAGAAGU